GCUUAGUUUUUAUUCUGAGAUGUGAUUUUCUGUUCAGAUAAUUGUUGGUACCUAUAAUAUAUCUUUGUCAUUUUCCGGCGCUUUUAUCGCAGAUCAUCCUUCUUUAAAAUGGAAUAUUGAGAUCGUUUUACUGCUGAAAGUUGAACCGUUGUCGCAUGAGUUUCUAGGGUAGGCAAAUCCAGGAAAUCUUCGUUAAAUUAAGGUGCGAGUUUCAUCCGAGUUAUGGAUAUGAGCAAGUUUAGACCUGAGGCGUCGCAUGUAGCACAGCAAAGCCUACGAGAUAAGAUGGGGGUUCAGCAAGGCUCUAAUCCGGUUCAGCAUUUGGAGAACUUUCCCAACAGCUUAAACCCAGAUCUUGGUCGUCUUAGAAGUGAUCAUUUAGUCUACGAUCCAGAUAUUUUUUCUUCAGGCAUCUUCCAUGUCUCGUCAAGCUCUAAUGUUUUACCUCACCUAAGUGCUGCAGUGCUGCAUCAGCAACUACAAACAGCUCAAGAACACAGGCAAAUUCUUCCUGAGGCACCUUCGUUUUCCAGUUUGUCACGACCAAAUUUAUCUAAAUUCGGUGCUUCAUCUAAUAUCUCCGGUGAAUCACAGCAUAACUUUGAUUGGAUGGUAGGUUGUGCAAGUGGAUUAGCUGGUAGGGAAUGCAAACAGAACCCUAUGUUUGUUGGGGAAGUCAUGUCAAAUAAUGCCAGGCCAGGCAACAUAUCUGCAGCCACGCAAUAUCUAAAGCCUAAUUACGGGAAUUUGCAUUUUGCUUCUCCUUCAAUUUAUCAGAAUACUCCACAGGAUGUCGUUAUUAGUGCUACAAUCGAAGCUCGGGAGCUUGAAGUUGCUUCUCACGAACAUCAAAACGUCAGCGAAUCUAGCAGAGGGCCAAGGAUGGAUUACUGUGGGAAUCAAGCAAAUCCUUUGCAAUUUGGUGACGCCGGUGCUUGGAUGAAUAUACCACCGGUGGAACAUUCUCAACAGUGGUGUGGUGAACUGGCUACCCAAGGACUAUCUCUUUCUCUUUCAUCGAACCCCACAUCUAAAAUUUAUGGUGCGGAUGCAGUUCAGUUCGCAGAGGACCAGUGUGGCUAUGAUGCCUUUCACUCGAGGCCUGGUGAACUCAAGGAACUUCAAGAUUCAAAAUCUUUAAAUUCGAGUAAUUUUUGUUCGAUGCAAAAACCAUCUUCGACAGGUAAAGCUAACGGGAAAUCCUUUCAAGACGCAGGUGGAGCUUCAUGUAAUUACGUUCAUCGUCAAACGUUCCACCUUGGCCCCUUUACUGGAUAUGCUACUAUUAUGAAGAAUUCAAGCUUUUUGAAGCCAACACAAGAGCUUUUGGAUGAAUUAUGUCAUUCCACUAAAGUUUGUGACACAUCCGACAGGGUUUCCGGCGAUGUUGAUGCUUCUACUGCAGUUGGAACGGAGGCUGGAACUAGAAAGGGAAACAACUCGGGGGCCUCGUCCUCUACUUUUUACACUUCUAAUGAAUCUUGUAGGCCUGAGUACCAGCAAAAGAAGGCAAAGCUUGUAUACAUGCAGGAGGAGGUUUGCAGAAGAUACAAGCUAUACCAUCAGCAGAUGCAAAUGGUGGUUUCUUCAUUUGAAUCCGUAGCUGGUCUUGGUGCUGCCACUCCCUUCUUUUCUUUGGCUCUCAAGAAAGUAGCAAAGAACUUUCGGUGCCUACGGAAUUGUAUUUUAGAUCAGAUUAGGCACAUAUCUAGAUCCCUCGGGGAGGACUUUUUGUCCCCAACUGCUAGUACCAGUAGUAGUAAAGGUGAUAUAAAUAUGUCUAGGCUAAAGUAUGCGGGUCAGAAAUUUGGUGGGCUUAACUUCAGUUUCCUUGAACGUCAACAGCAUGGCUGGAGGCCCCAGAGAGGCCUACCAGAACGUUCAGUGGCGAUUCUUCGAGCUUGGCUCUUUGAACAUUUUCUUCAUCCGUACCCCACGGACACUGAUAAGCACAUGUUGGCCAUUCAAACCGGCCUAUCUCAAAAUCAGGUGUCUAACUGGUUCAUAAAUGCACGUGUUCGGCUUUGGAAACCAAUGGUGGAGGAAAUACAUAAGCUUGAAAGCAAGGGCUUGGCAGAAGGCAAUCAGAACUUGAGCAAAAGUGAUGUCAAAUCUAUUAUUAGUGAAGGACGUAAAAUUUGGCCUAACGAAGAGCAAUCUAUCAACAGGUUAUGUGUAAACGGAUUGUCUGAUAAGCAAAUGGCUUACUCCGAUAUGCUGGUAGCCGACAUCUCGGAAGAUGCACAUGACGUGGACCACUGGAAUCAUGAGAAACGUUCAAGGUUGGAUUUUCAUAUCCCAACAAACAUGGAGGGUUCGCUGAUAGGUUUUGCACCGUAUGAGCAAAGCAGGCUUGAGAAUGGGGGACUUGGAGCUGUAUCGCUUACCUUAGGACUUAGGCAUGAUGUAGAAAGUGCACAACAGCAGCAGCAGCAACAAUAUCAACAACAAGAGCAUCAUCUGAGGAGGCAAUUUGGAGGUCAAUUGAUCGAUGACUUUGCUGGUUGA